GGAUGUAAAUCUUGUGACCCACUUUAGGAAUUAACUUUUUAGUUUCUUUUUUAAAUUGGGUAUCGAAAUUUUGUUUGUUGAGGCUUCAAGUUCUUUCACUGUGCUGUGCUGGAUCUAAGGCUAUAAAUGAUCCAAAAGGUUAGUUAAUAUGAUCUUGAUAUCUUGAGCAGAAACUGUUGUAAUUAUCAUUAUUGAUAUUGUUGUUGUUGUUAUUAUUAUUAUCAUCAUCAAUGCUUUUUAUAGGAAAACUCUAGUUACUAAUGCUUUUUAUAUGAAAACUCUAUUCCCCCUUAUGAAAAGUGCCCGUCUUUUUGAGAUUUUGGGUUGUUUGGUUAUGGAAAUUAUAUCUGGGGUCAUUUGAAAGAUUAAAUUUGUUAAACUGUUAGUUGGGAUGUUUUUAAGCUGUUCUUUUUCCUUGGGGUCUGUAGGGCAUGAGAGUCAUGGAGUUCAUCUCUGUCACAAAUGUGGAUGGCCUUUCCCGAAUCCACAUCCAAGUGCCAAGCACAGGCGUGCUCACAAGAAGAUCUGUGGAACCAUUGAAGGUUACAAGCUAUGUUCCUCCGAGGAACAAUCUCGCUCAAACGGCUCAGAUGAUGGACAUGGUUCUGAUGAUGAUAAAAAAUCCCCAGGUCCAGAGGUCUUGAAUAUAGGCAACAAGGAGAAGGAUGAUAGUGGAAUUGGAGAUAAAAUAAAUAGAUCAGAAGAUGAGGUGUUUUCAGAUGCAGUUGCAGACUUUUCAGAUAGUCAAGGAGUUAAGGAAUCUCUGCAGGAAGGUAGUUUGGACUCAAGUACCAGUGUGGAAUGGGACGGCAAAGAUGAUCCAAAAUUUUCAGGGUCUUCCAAGGACAGUGAUUUUAAUGAUUCCAAAGUGAUCUCACAAUUCAAAAGUUCAAUUUUCAUGUGCUCUAGGCAUAUGGAGGCUGUGGUGUGAAGAGAGGCCAUUGGAGCUUAUAGAUGAAUCAUUAACUGACUCAGUUGCUGCAGCAGAAUCUGAAGUGCUAAGAUGCAUUCACAUAGGGCUUUUAUGUGUACAAGAGAGACCAGAGAAUAGGCCAGACAUGUCAGCCAUAGUUCUAACGCUGAAUGGUGAGAAACCAUUACCAAGGCCAAGGGACCUGCUUUUUAUCCACAUCAGUUUGGCUUUUCAUCAGGGAAUUGUGCAGUAAAAUCAGCUAAUGAAAUUUCUGACAUUGUUAGAUGCUAGAUAGUUUAUUUUAGAGUUUAACAUACUUUAAGGCAAAAGAAAAACGUUCACUCUAAAUGUAUAUAUCAUUACAACAUGUUCUUACUUAUUAUACCUCAUUGAGUGCACUUUCUUGUCUAUUAUAUAGUUUCAUUUCUAUUUAGAUUCAGGAUCCACCAAAGGGAUAUUUUUCUU